AUGGAGCACAACGAAAUACGUUUCUUUGGUUUAACACCAUCAUCAGCAUCUCCUAUUUUCUCAUCGAGCACUGUUCCAAGCAUUCCUCAACUGUUUCCUCAUGUUCUUAGUGGCAAUGCAGUUUCGACGGACAAAUGCGGAACCGCUUGUAGUUCAUUAGACAAAUUGAAACCAAGAAGGAAAGACUGCGGUGACAAGGAGACCAAGAAGCACAGAAUUGCAUUUCAAACACGGAGCCAAGUUGAUGUACUCGAUGACGGAUAUCGGUGGCGAAAAUACGGGCAGAAAACUGUUAAGAAUAGUGACUUUCCCAGAAGUUACUACAAGUGUACACAUCAAGGGUGCAACGUAAAAAAGCAAAUCCAACGCCUUUCUAAAGACGAGGAAAUGGUGGUCACUACAUAUGAAGGAAUACAUGUCCAUCCCAUUGAGAAUUCUGAUGAUACAUUUGAGCAGAUCUUAAGCCAUAUAAGGGCAUAA